UAAUGGCCGCUUCUCUGCGCUCUGCAUGAACCCAAAUCAAAUCCCCUCAUUCGCAACUCCACAAGCCAAAACGACGAGCCCAUUUCUCUUUCCCUCUGUUUCUGCUUCUUGCAAAAUUUUCAUUCUCAGGUUCUGGGUUCGCUUCAUCUGGAAAAAUGAAAUGGGAAAAGUUGUCGAUUCAGAGCCGGGUCGGGGAAGAAGAUCAGGAUCUGGGCCCGAUUUGUGGACCUGGGACGAGGUGGGGACACACCUGUAACGCCAUUAGAGACGGCAAGCUUCUCUACGUUUUCGGUGGCUAUGGCAAGGAUAACUCUCAGACCAACCAAGUUCACGUCUUUGACACUGCCACACGGACGUGGAGUGAGCCUGUGAUAAAAGGGACACCACCGGUGCCAAGGGACAGCCAUAGCUGUUCCACUGUUGGGGAUAAUCUGUUUGUGUUUGGGGGCACAGAUGGAAGGAACCCUCUUAAGGAUUUGCAUAUAUUAGACACCUCUACAAAUACGUGGAUGUCACCAAAUGUAAGGGGUGAAGGACCAGCGGCACGUGAAGGCCAUAGUGCAACACUUGUUGGCAAACGUCUUUUCAUAUUUGGUGGGUGUGGCAAAUCUUCAAAUGAUGUUGAUGAAGAGUAUUAUGGUGAUCUCUACAUUCUGAAUACUGAGACUUUUGUAUGGCAACGUGCUAUUACAUCAGGAACUCUGCCAACGAAGCGGGAUAACCAUACAUGCUCAUCUUGGAAGAACAAAAUCAUUGUAAUUGGUGGUGAAGAUGCAUAUGAUUAUUAUCUCUCUGAUGUUCAUAUACUUGAUGCAGAUACUCUUGUUUGGACUAAGCUGAGCACUUCAGGCCAACUCUUGCCACCUCGAGCUGGGCAUUCAACUAUUGCUUUGGGCAAGAACUUGUUUGUCUUUGGCGGUUUCACUGAUGAGUCAAACCUUUAUGACGACAUUUAUAUGCUCGACGUUGAUACUGGCGUGUGGACCAAAGUGAUAGCUACAGGUGAAGGGCCUUCUGCCAGAUUUUCCAUGUCUGGAGACAGUUUACAUCCCAUAAGGGGCGGUGUUCUUGUGUUUUUUGGUGGUUGUAAUAAAGACCUUGAAGCACUGGAUGACAUGUAUUUUUUACACACAGGACUCACAAGGGAAAAUGAACGAGAUGAACGGCGUUUCGAGAAGUUAUCUUUGAGGAAGCAGCUAAAGUUGAAAUGCCAAGAACAAAAUAUGCUUGCUUCUCCUGUAUCUGACAAGGCACUGGUCAGAACUGAGACAAAAAAUGAUUUUGGCCAGCCCAUUCCAGUAGGAAGUACAGAAUCAAGCCAACCAAAUCUGAGGGAGUACCUUCCUUUUCCAGGGAAGAGGACAUUUCAUGCCAAGGUUACCAAAUGCUUCCCAGUCGGCUACACUAUUGAAACCGUCAUUGAUGGCAAGGUUCUUCGUGGAGUAUUAUUUUCCAACAAAAGCAUUAACUCUAAUGAUGAUAGUUCUAAAAGGAUAAAGGGUGCUGCGGAAAUCAAUGGUGUUAAGAUGAAUGUUGAUCAGAAAUCUUUCUUAGAAACCCCAAAACCUGUCGGGCAGGACAAACCAAGUGACAGGCAAGCAGAUAGUGUUCGUGGAGAGAAUGUGGAAGCUGCUUCUACUCCCAAUAUGAAGGGUCCAGCAUGCUCUGUUGCUUCUCAGCCCGAUGAGCAGGUCCCUGGGAACUUAAAUUUGCCUGUGGCGGUUGAUAAUGUGGAAAACUUGAACUUGCCUAACAUUGCUGAUGGAAACAUGGAAGACAAAAAGACAAUGAAUGAGCUGAACACUAGCAAUGAGGUCCAUGAAGUAAAUACAUCUUCAGCUGCCAAGGACUGAUAGCAUCCCUGAAUCUAGGUACUGUGAUUAUCAAUGGAAUCAAAAGCACAGAUGGACCUUGCAUAUCUGGGGAUUGGAGAUUUAUAAAGAAAAGAAAGAAAAAUUAAGCAAUAACAAAAGUGGAGAAGUUGCAGAAUAGUGGGGUUUUCUUGAACAUCACAAGAGAAACUAAGGCUGUUAUUCUGAUGAUGGAUUGGAUCAUCACUUCAUACUGUUUCUGGAUUCCUUUCUGCUGAAGCAGUUAGAAGCAUUCUGAUCUGAUAGCAUCCUUCUUUGAGGUGAAUUCGAGGAAUUCGUAAAGAACAAGAGACUAGACUGUAAAUUGGUGGUAGGUACAGUUGAUAGGUGAUAUUACAGGGAUUGAUUGAUUUCUUCUUCCAAUCCUUUGCUUUGGCGGAAUAUUGGCAUCUGACUGAUCAUGCUCCAGCUUCCAUUUCAUGAGUAUGGGGUUUUAAUCCAUUAAUUGUAGACUCUUUUUUAACUGUAUCAGUAUGUAUGUAGUUACAUACAUACACAUAUCUAUAUAUAUAUACAUAGUGAAUUCAACAACUUA